AUGGUGGAUUUCGGGAACCUCCCCCCAAGCAAGCAUGACACAGCGCUUUCAGCGGAAGAGCUAGGCGACUACAAACCAUCUCAGCUCCUGCGUCGAUCGAAAGCGCUCCUUGCGGACAAGGCAAGCUCGUUCGACGAAGACUGCUUGCGGGAAUUGUUCACGGUGUCCCAGACCACGUCACUCACGGAGCUCGCAGCGUUGGCUGACCAACUCACCGAAGGCAUGUCCCCAUCCGUGGCGGCUGUUCACACCUCUCACACCCACCACGCCCAGCCCGACCUGGAUUCUCGGCUGCAGGCGUUGGAGAAGUCGCUUGAGAGCCUUCCUCUGGUGCUACGAUCAGACCGGUCGCGCCGUCGUUCCCCCUCCCCAGCACCACCAGAUCCACGGCGCAUCGGCAGUCGGCCGCAAGGCCGCACGGCCACCUACCGUUAUCCGUCACCUCCACUGCCGGAAUCGCUCCUUUGCUGGUGUCACCUCAAAUUCGGUGCAGCUGCCCGCCAAUGUCGUCCCCCCUGCGUGUGGGCGGGAAACCGGCGAGCCGCCCGUUAG